UCUCCCGGCAUCUGGGCGCGGGGCGACUCUUGGUAUUUUCUAACUCAACUCGUGGAUUGGAACGUGGCUCCGCUCUGAGCGCGGCCGGCGACUUGUAGGAGCCCAGCCCUGGCUGUGGCCGCCGCGCACGCCCUCGGAAGACUCGGCGGGGUAGGGGCACGGGCUGGCCGCGAGAGUCUCCGCGUGCAGAGCGGGCGGGCCGAGGGCUGAUUGGAGGGACUCCCCGGAGAAGCGAUUUGGGAUUUGUGGCCAACAGCAUGGAGGAGAAUGACCCCAAGCCCAGCGAAGCGGCGGCGGCGGCGGCGGCGGAGGGGCAGCGGCAGCCGGAAUCCAGCCCCAGCGGCGGCUCGGGCGGCGGCGGCGGCAGCAGCAGCCCGGGCGACGCGGACAGUGGCCGCCGGCGGGUUCUGAUGCUGCCCGCGGUCCUGCAGGCGCCGGGCAACCACCAGCAUCCACACCGCAUUACCAACUUCUUCAUCGACAACAUCCUGCGGCCCGAGUUCGGCCGGAGAAAGGACGCGGGGACGUGCUGUGCCGGCUCCGGAAGAGGCGGCGGCGAAGGCGGCGCAGGCGGCGCGGAGGGAAGCGGCGGCGCGGGCGGCGCCGAGCAACUCCUGGGGUCGGGCCGGGAACCCCGGCAGAACGCGCCGGGUGCGGGCGGACCGCUGCCCGGCGGUGGCGACGGCGACUCUUCGGGUGACGGCGAAGGCGGCUCCAAGGCACUCUCGCUGCACAGCGGCGCCAAGAAAGGCGGAGACCCCGGGGGCCCCCUGGACGGGGCGCUCAAGGCGCGCGGCUUGGGUGGCGGCGACCUGUCUGUGAGCUCGGACUCGGACAGUUCGCAGGCCGGCGCCAGUCUGGGUGCGCAGCCCAUGCUCUGGCCGGCUUGGGUCUACUGCACGCGCUACUCGGACCGACCCUCUUCAGGUCCCAGGUCUCGCAAACCAAAGAAGAAGAACCCCAACAAAGAGGACAAGCGGCCCCGCACGGCCUUCACGGCGGAGCAGCUGCAGAGGCUCAAGGCCGAGUUCCAGACCAACAGGUACCUGACGGAGCAGCGGCGCCAGAGCCUGGCCCAGGAGCUCAGCCUCAACGAGUCACAGAUCAAGAUUUGGUUCCAGAACAAGCGCGCCAAGAUCAAGAAGGCCACGGGCAACAAGAACACGCUGGCCGUGCACCUCAUGGCGCAGGGCCUGUACAACCACUCCACCACCGCCAAGGAGGGCAAGUCGGACAGUGAGUAGGGGGCGGGCUCCAAGCCCAGUCUCAGUCCGAGCUAAACAAUGC